AAACGCUUCCCUUCUACAACGCAGCGAGGACGGGCACAACACCUCCGCGCUACCCACGUGCACGCACAUCGGGAUAAAUCCACGAAACCACAGGGACAGGGUCGCCUUACGCCUCCGCAGCGCGGCUCAGCGUGUGCGGCCCCGCACUGCCCUCCGCCACACCCCGACGCAAGAUGGCGGCGCGGCUGCUUCGCCUGCACGGGCUCCUGCGGGCCGCCGGCCGAAGGGCCUUCUCCUCCCUGGCCAGUCCUGCACCAGCUGAACAGCGUGGCACAAAGCGCCUGGAGCCUUCUUCUGCUAAGAGUUUAACCGAUAUCGGCACCCGGAGGAUCUUCUCCUCGGACCAUGAUAUCUUCAGGGAGAGUGCCAGGAAGUUCUUUCAGGAGGAAGUGCUGCCUUUUCAUGCAGAAUGGGAGAAGGAUGGCCAGGUGAGCAGAGAGCUCUGGGAAAAAGCUGGACAGCAGGGUUUGCUGGGUGUUGCUAUUGCUGAAAAACAUGGAGGCAUUGGAGCGGAUAUUCUUUCCUCAGCUGUGGUCUGGGAGGAGCAGAUGUAUGUCAACUGUUCUGGCCCAGGAUUCAGCCUUCAUUCUGAUAUAGUCAUGCCCUACAUUGCAAAUUAUGGCACCGAAGAACAGAUUAAACACUUUAUCCCUCGAAUGGUUGCAGGCAAGUGUAUCGGUGCUAUUGCCAUGACAGAACCUGGGGCUGGCAGUGACUUGCAAGGAAUACGGACUUACGCAAAAAAAGAUGGAAGUGACUGGAUUCUUAACGGGAGUAAGACUUUCAUCACUAAUGGUUGGAUGUGUGACGUGGUGAUUGUGGUUGCGGUUACAAACAGAGAGGCCCGAUCUCCUGCUCAUGGAAUCAGCCUUUUUCUGGUGGAAAAUGGAUCUAAAGGUUUCAGCAAAGGACGCAAGCUGCACAAAAUUGGCCUGAAAGCUCAAGACACAGCAGAGCUGUUUUUUGAAGAUGUGCGGUUGCCAGCAAGUGCCUUGCUUGGGAAAGAGAACAAAGGCUUCUAUUAUUUGAUGGCAGAGCUCCCUCAGGAAAGAUUGUUAAUUGCUGAUAUGGCUCUUGCCAGCUGUGAAUUCAUGUUUGAAGAAACAAGGAAUUACGUGAGGCAAAGAAAAGCUUUUGGGAAGACAAUUGCACACUUGCAGACGGUGCAGCACAAGUUGGCAGAAAUGAAAACACACAUUUGUGUGGGCCGAGCCUUUAUGGACAACUGUUUGCAGCUGCACUCAGAAAAACGCCUGGACUCCCCCACAGCUUCUAUGGCAAAGUACUGGGCAUCUGAUCUCCAAAACAGCGUAGCAACUCAGUGUGUGCAACUGCAUGGAGGCUGUGGGUACAUGUGGGAGUAUCCGAUUGCAAAAUCUUUUGUGGAUGCGCGUGUUCAGCCCAUCUAUGGUGGCACCAAUGAGAUUAUGAAGGAGUUGAUUGCCAGAGACAUUGUUGGUGACAACUAGGGCAGGUGCCUGGAGAACUUUCCAGAACACUUUUAUAGUUAUACAUGACACAAAAUCAGACAUCAGAAUGUAAGUAAAAGAAAUGGUUGUAGUAUAUCAUACUCUUUCAAGGGCGAGAAGCCUGUUUAAGUUAAGUGGUAGCAACAAGAGGGUGCUCCUAAGCAGGACUUCUAAUGUUUAAAUUGAAAGUUCAUUAAAUAUCUUUGGAUGAGAAUGAGUAUUUCUAUGACCUGUUAGUGAAAGGAGUAUUUCGGGUAACUGAAUGCCAUUACAGUGACUGUACCCUUUGCUGUUUGGGAUUAAAUCUUGCCUUCAAAGAAUACAGUUUGUGAUGGAUCAGUGGGAGGGGAAGGCUGGUGUGAGGAGGGGAGGCUGGGACUUCAUCACUGUCUAUGCACGGGUGCUUACUCCUGUCACAGCUGUGGGGAGGGCGAUGUGCACUUAACCUCUGUGCCUUCUUGUAAUUAAUGUUUCGGACAAACGUAAUAAAGCAUUUCUGUGCGCUCUG